UUGAAACAUACGCUACUUAAAAUUGACUGCCUAAAUUAGCCAUUCGGCCAAUUUUCUAAUUUAUUUUGAAUUUUGACGGAUUUAAUUUAAUUUUCUCCAUGAUUAGUUCUAUAAAAUUUCAGCGUGAUUCCAACUCUUAAAGUUCAACCAAGCUGUAGUGUUGAGCAGAUUCAAGUUAUGUAUACAUAUUUAUAUCCCUCACUCAUGACGCCGAACACAGACUCCAAGCCCCGUUUUUUGAAAGAAAAGUGAAUCAAAAGCCUACACUGUUACCCAUUCUAUUCUUACGCAUGGCACAAAAUUAAAAUUCCACUCAAAUGCAUGAAAUUGAAGCUACACAUGUCUCUUCUUCCAUCUGUGGCUGAAAGCACACACGUCAAUUAACCGCCGCUUUGAUGAAGAUGAUACGUUAAAGCCAACAAUAUGCCGACUUUGUUUUCUGUAAACAAUGGGUACAAAUCGCAGCCGGAAAAUAAAAACCAAUCGAUGGACUUGCCAAAGUUCAAGCAGUGUAUUAGGAAAAACGAAUAAGAAUGGAAAGCAACAGUGGGAAAGGAAAGGUGGUGUGUGUCACUGGUGCAACUGGCUUUAUUGCCUCAUGGAUCGUCAAGCUUCUUCUUCUUCGUGGUUAUACAGUCAAGGGGACUGUUCGUGACCCAAAUGAUUCAGGAAAGGUAGGGCACUUGCUUAAACUUGAAGGGGCAAAGGAGAGACUGCAGCUGAUUAAAGCAAAUCUCCUGGAAGAAGGUUCCUUUGACCAGGCUGUUGAGGUGUGUGAGGGCGUCUUUCAUACUGCAUCUCCUGUUGCUUUCUAUGUCAAAGACCCACAGACUGAAUUAAUUGACCCUGCAGUCAAGGGAACUCUCAAUGUUCUUAAAUCAUGUGCAAAAUCACCAUAUGUGAAACGAGUUAUUUUGACUUCUUCCUUGGCUGCAGUUGUAUAUAAUGGAAGGCCUAUGACUCCUGAAGUUGUAGUUGAUGAGACUUGGUUUUCAAACCCGGAUAUCUGUAGGGAAAAUAAGUUCUGGUAUGCACUUUCCAAGACUUUGGCUGAAGAUGCUGCCUGGAAAUUUUCAAAAGAAAACAGCAUUGAUAUGGUUGCUCUCAACCCAACAGUGGCGAUUGGGCCACUCUUGCAACCAUCACUUAAUGAAAGUUCUGCUGCAGUAUUGAAUAUUAUAAAUGGUGCGAAAACAUUUCCAAAUUUAUCUUUUGGAUGGAUCAAUGUGAAAGAUGUUGCAAAUGCCCAUAUUCAAGCAUUUGAGAUUUCUUCAGCUAGCGGAAGGUAUUGUUUGGUUGAGACAACAUUGCACUACUCUGACGUUGUGAAGAUUUUACUUGAGCUAUACCCAACUUUACAACUUCCAGAGAAGUGUGACUGUGAGGACGAUAAGGCCUUCAUGCCAGUGUAUCAGGUUUCCAAAGAAAAAGCAAGGACCUUGGGAAUUGAGUUUAUUCCCCUGGAAGCGAGCCUGAAGGAGACUCUGGAAAGCUUGAAAGAAAAGAACUUAGUCAAUUUUUAAUCGUGAUCAUUCCCUUAAAAUUAAGUAUUGUUAGCCUUAAGCAUGCUUAAAAAAUAAGUGCCUCUGGUGUUAACAAGUCCAUAUCCUUUGUGGCAAGAUAUCUACCAGCCUUGGGAAGUGAUGAUGACUUUGACAUUAUGAACUCCAUAAUAACAAUGUGUUUGUGCAAAGUCUAUCAGAAAAUAUAUUCUCCAUGAGCUCCUAGAAUUGAUGUGGAUGUGGUUGGAUAUGUUGAUGCACAUCUUUAUUUGUGUGUGUUGGAUUAAAGGAUAUUUUUAUUCUUGAA